AACAACCAACCAAUCCCCCGCUCCAUCAGUUCCGCGACCCGCGCCACACGAACGCAAGAAAACGAGCGCCGUAGAAAGCAAGGAGAAGAGCAGAGACGCGAGCGAGUGGGUGGGGGAGGGAGGGAGGGAGGGAGGGAGGGAGAGAGAGAGAGAGAGACGGCCAUGGAGGGGUGGACAUCGCGGCGAAAGCACCGGAACGGUGGCUUCUGGUUGAGAGCGGAGAUCGAGGUGGACCGGGGUUCUUCCAUUCCCAGGGGCCCGGAGUUCGGCUUCGCCGCCGCCGUGCGAGAGCCGCUGGUGAAGCUGCGGCGGCCCGAGCACGACUUCGAGAGGUGGGACUGGGACUACUUCGUCUGGCCCCAUGACCGGCUCGACGCCAAUCUUGAGAUGAGGGACAGUGAUCCAGAGGCGACACUUGAGGCAGACCGGAAGGCGAGCGUGAGUUUCCUGAACAAGAGCACGCUACAGCUGGAGAGCUAUGAGAUGUACCAGUACCUGCUGCAGCAGCACGCUUCAGCGUGGCCUUGCAACCGGCUCAAAACCAAUCUGGAGAUGAGGGAUAGUAGUAUAGAGGUGACACUUGAGGCAGAUGGGGAGUUGAGCGAGAGCUCCCUGAACCAGAGCACACUGCAACCGGAGAGCGAGGACACUGCAGCCUUGCCUCGCGACCAUCUCGUAGCCAAUCUGGAGAUGAGGAACACUGACGCGGAGGCGAAGCUUCAGACUGAUCGGAAGGCAAAGGAGCGAAGCACGCGGCGCCUGAAGAGGUCUGAGAUGGAUCGACGCACGCAGGAGCAGCACAAGGAGAAGGAGAACGAACAGACCGAGCUGUUCCGGACACCCACGCCGGUGAACAAGAAGGCCGUAGGACCCAGAUCGGCACGGCGUCGCCGUGUUUUCGCAGAAGCUAACCUGAGCCCGGACGAUGACAGAGCAAGGCAGAGGCAGGUUCCUUGGGCUUGUUAGUCACACACGCAUGCACCAUCUGGUUGCUCCGAUGCCUUGAGCUGCAUGCAUUGCAAGUGAUACGACACGGCCUGAGAUGUGGGAUGGUUUUCAGUUGGAGACUUGGAGCUCGUUAACUGUCAGGAGUGGAACCUGAAUUUUUUUUAGCUCAGAACUAGCAGGAGAGAGCACGUUCGUGUGUUUGUACAUAGUACAGGACAGGAAUACAGAGUAGAAGCAUUACACUGCAUGGUUCAGAACUAGGCUGAAUUGUUUUUCGGUUCAGAACCGUGUGGAAAAGUUUUCCGUUGACAAGUAGGAACAGGUUCACGUCUUGUGAAGCUCAGUUUCAGUCAGUUGACAUUACUCAUCUGUGUUGCGUGGACUGUGGUGGUGUCGUCUUCUUCUAUAAUCCUGCACCUGCUCGUC